AUGAAAAACCUAUGGUUAUGGCGUUUCUUGCCUGUGGCAUUUCUGCUACUGCAGGUGCUUGCAGUGGAAUCCAAGGCGUCCACUGAUGUCUCUCACGAAUCAUAUCAGCAUCCAAACCAGUCUCCAGGUGGGACAGAGGGCUCUGAUGCUAGGCCUGGAAGCCAACACGUCGAUACCGCCCUCAGAAUUCUCCGUAACUCAAAGAUCCCAAUCAUCACGCCCGAGAAACCGUCCGGUUUCUUGGGGAACACAUUACAUUACUCUAAAGAGGCUUUCCGCGUUCUGUUCCUGAAUGGCCCGCCGUCAGAUAAUGCCGAGCGGCAGAAGAUCCACCCAAAUGUCGCAAAGGCCGUGGAUGAACUCAAGAUCGCUGCGCAAAAAGAUCAGAACCCCGAUGCAAUGUUCCUGUUAGCGGAGUUGAAUUUCUACGGCAACUACACACAUCCACGAGACUUCAAGCAAGCGUUCCAGUGGUAUCAGAGCCUUGCUUCGGCGACUGGGAACAGUACGGCACAGUAUAUGGUGGGCUUUAUGUAUGCGACAGGUAUUGGCGGUGGAGUUGAGCGAGACCAGGCGAAGGCACUAUUAUACCAUACUUUCGCCGCGGAGGGGGGAGACACGAGGUCGGAGAUGACGCUCGCGUAUCGAAAUCAUGCUGGAAUUGGAAUGCCCAGAAAUUGCGACCAUGCAACCUAUUACUAUAAGAAAGUUGCAGACAAGGCUAUUCAGUACUACCGAUCGGGACCACCUGGGGGCCAUAGUAUGAUUCGGGAAUCAUACCGUUGGGCUGACGAGGAGGGCGGCGUAUAUGGCGAAGGUGCCAGUGUCUCCAGCUCGGGACCAAACGCCUUGCGUGAUGCAGCACAUUCAAGCACUGAAGCCAGCUUGGAAGAUGUCCUAGAGUAUCUGGACCUUAUGUCGCGAAAGGGCGAACUGAAGGCUACCUUCAGCUUGGGAAAGAUGCACUACGAAGGCUCGCGAGGUCUGCCCAGGAACCUUCGAAAGGCCAUGAAGUAUUUCAAACAGAUCACAAAGCGCUACUGGAAUAAGGACGGGUCUAUGAACCCGAACCAUCCGCUUGGAAUCGAGAAACUAGCAUCGAAAGCAGCGGGCCACAUAGGGUUGAUGUACCUCCGUGGUGAAGGUGUAGAGCAAAACUUUGCCACUGCCCUCACUUGGUUUAGGCGUGGAGUGACAAAUGGGGAUUCGCUCUGUCAACAUCAAAUGGGACUCAUGUAUCUCCAUGGAUAUGGCGUGCAGCAGGACGCUUUCAGGGCUGCAUCGUAUUUCAAGUCCGCAUCUGAACAAGAUUUCCCCGCUGCAGAAACAAGACUGGGUGCUUUGUUCUUGGACCAAGGAGAUGUCCCAACGGCUACCCGAUAUUUUGAGCUAGCAGCCCGCUGGGGCUGGAUGGAGGCCUUCUAUUACCUGGCAGAAUUGUCCAACAAUGGUGUUGGUAGGGAACGUCAUUGUGGAAUGGCUGCGUCAUACUAUAAGAUGGUCGCAGAACGAGCCGAAGUGAUACAUUCAUCAUUCGAUGAGGCGAACGCUGCGUACGAGAAUAGUGACAAAGAAAGGGCUCUCGUUGCAGCCAUGAUGGCCGCAGAGCAAGGUUAUGAGCACGCGCAAUCUAACGUGGCGUACUUGCUCGAUGAGCAACGUUCUUUGAUGUCCUUUGAUCGCAUCCUACCGGGUGCUAAGAAACCUCGACCGUCUCUGCUUCGGAAUGCCGCGUUAGCCCUUAUCUAUUGGACUCGUUCCGCCAAACAGACAAACAUUGAUUCCUUAGUUAAGAUGGGUGACUAUUACCUGGGCGGUAUUGGUAUUGCUGCAGAUGCUGAAAAAGCCUCCACUUGUUAUCAUAGUGCCGCCGAAGUCCAUUAUAGUGCACAGGCUUAUUGGAAUCUUGGCUGGAUGCAUGAGAAUGGCAUCGCCGUGGAACAAGAUUUUCACAUGGCCAAACGAUACUAUGAUUUGGCACUUGAGACAAGUACCGAGGCCUAUCUACCCGUAAAAUUGAGCUUACUGAAGCUUCGUUUACGGAGCUACUGGAACAGAAUUACCAACGGCAAGAUCAACUCCAUCCAAGAUGAAGAAGAGUCAAGGCCCCGGCGGACAUUAAAAGAAUGGAUUGCAGCGUUCAUUGAGAACGACGAAGAGGAGGAAGCCUAUCGUGCACAGAUGUUCAAGCGAGCCGAGGAAGAAGAUGACCUGCUAUCAGGUGGUUCGGAUCGACACCAUAUCGAUGACCGUCAUGAAGAUGGCUACUACGAUGAUCUGGAGCUCGAUAUCGAUGAAAGCGUUUUAGAGGGCCUUAUCAUUGUUGCCUUAGCUGCGACUUUACUAGUGCUUGUAUACAUGAGACAGCAACGGAACCGACAGAGACAAGAUGGGAAUGUAGGCGCCAACCCAGCAGCCCCGGGAAAUGGAAAUGAUGACAGGGGCUUUUUCCCUCGCCCUGGAGACCCAGAGUUCGCUCAAUGGGUGGCGGGCGGUGUUGGGCAUUGA